AUGGAAGCAAGUAAUAGGAUCGGCGCCGCCGCUAGUCUGGUUCCAGUGCCCGCCAUCUCAUCAAGUGGGACGUUGGGCCGCCACUUGGCUCGCCGGCUGGUUCAGAUAGGUGUGAGGGACGUGUUCUCCGUUCCUGGUGAUUUCAACUUAACUUUACUCGACCACCUCAUAGAAGAGCCGGGACUGAAUUUGGUGGGCUGCUGCAACGAGUUGAACGCGGGGUACGCGGCCGACGGCUACGCUCGAGCCAAGGGAGUGGGCGCCUGUGUGGUGACAUUCACUGUUGGCGGGCUCAGCGUACUGAACGCCAUCGCCGGGGCCUACAGUGAGAACUUGCCGGUAAUCUGUAUUGUUGGUGGGCCCAACUCUAACGAUUACGGGACUAAUCGAAUUUUGCAUCAUACUAUUGGCCUGCCGGAUUUCACUCAGGAGCUACGGUGUUUCCAGACGAUCACUUGUACUCAGGCAGUUGUUAAUAACUUGGACGAUGCCCAUGAAUUGAUCGAUACAGCGAUUUCGACUGCUUUGAAAGAAAGUAAGCCAGUGUAUAUAAGCAUAAGCUGCAAUUUGCCUGGAAUUCCUCACCCAACUUUUGCAAGAGAACCUGUCCCAUUUUUCCUUGCACCAAAGGUGAGCAAUGAACUUGGUCUGGAAGCAGCAGUUGAAGCAGCUGCUGAGUUUCUGAACAAAGCUGUUAAACCAGUCAUCAUAGGAGGUCCCAAGCUAAGGGUAUCCAGAGCCCAACAGGCUUUUGUUGAUCUUGCAGAUGCUUGUGGCUAUCCAAUAGCUGUAAUGCCAUCGGGCAAGGGCCUCGUCCCGGAGCACCAUCCACACUUUAUUGGGACAUAUUGGGGUGCAGUGAGCACCAGCUUCUGCGGGGAGAUAGUAGAAUCCGCUGAUGCGUAUAUGUUUGUUGGCCCUAUUUUUAAUGACUACAGCUCUGUUGGAUACUCUUUGUUGAUAAAAAAGGAGAAAUCAAUUGUUGUGCAGCCAAACCGUGUGACAAUAGGCAACGGCCCUUCCUUUGGUUGGGUUUUCAUGACAGACUUUCUGACUGCAUUGACCAAAAAGCUGAAGAGGAACAGUACGGCUAUGGAAAAUUAUCGCAGGAUAUAUGUUCCUCCUGGCAUUGCUUUGAAGCGUGAGAAGGAGGAGCCACUCCGGGUCAACAUUCUUUUCAAGCACAUUCAGGAAAUGUUGAGUGGCAACACUGCGGUGAUUGCAGAGACUGGAGAUUCAUGGUUCAAUUGUCAGAAGCUUAGCCUUCCUGAAAAUUGCGGGUAUGAAUUCCAGAUGCAGUAUGGAUCUAUUGGGUGGUCUGUUGGUGCAACUCUUGGCUACGCUCAGGCUGCAAAGGAUAAACGUGUCAUUGCUUGCAUUGGUGAUGGAAGUUUCCAGGUUACGGCUCAAGAUAUUUCUACCAUGAUAAGAUGUGGACAGAGGACCAUUAUUUUCCUCAUCAACAAUGGAGGAUACACAAUUGAAGUAGAGAUUCAUGACGGACCGUACAAUGUGAUCAAGAAUUGGGACUACACUGGCCUUGUGAACGCUAUCCACAAUGGAGAAGGCAAAUGCUGGACUGCCAAGGUGAAAACAGAAGAGGAAUUGGUGGAAGCAAUAGCAACGGCCACCGGCGCACAGAGCGAAUCAUUGUGUUUCAUCGAAGUGUUGGUUCACAAGGACGAUACUAGCAAAGAACUGCUGGAAUGGGGAUCCCGCGUAUCUGCUGCCAAUAGUCGACCUCCCAAUCCUCAAUAGUGAGUUCGUGGUUCUGUUAGGACAGAAUGAUUAACGGGAAUUCACUUUAUUCUAAGAAUAAUUAAGGAACAUUUGAUACUACUUUUAGUAUCUUUUUGUAAAUGUGAUGGCCUGUCAUAACAGAAGGCAGAAGGCUGCUUCCAGCUCAAAAUAAAGAUUAUCUUAUUUAUAAGCUA